AUGGAGAUACGUGGUCCUCGGAGGAAUCCCAGCUACCUCUCUGAUCUCUAUCAGAACAUGUUACGGGCUGCAGAAGCAGCGGGGCGAGGGCAGCAGCAGCCCCCAGCACCCCAUGCAUGUAGCAGCAUGACUCUUUGGAGCAGAACCCCAGCCGAGGGGGGCCCCCAGCCAAAUAAGCUUCAGAGCAGCACUUCCUCCAGCUGUGAUCCGGCGUUACGGCCUAUCAUACGCCGCCGAGCGAGGUCUUUGCCUACAUUGCCUGAAAGAAGGAAGCAGGCAGCAGCGCAGUGUCAAGUUCCUGUAUGCCAGAGACGCAUGAACCGUGUGAGAUUUGCUGAUGCUUUGGGCUUGGAGCUCACUGAAGUGAAAGUCUUCCAGACUGGGGAGGAUCCAUCGAUCCCCUUGCAUGUCCUUUCCAGGCUCUCCAUAAACUCAGACCUCUGGUACAGCAGCUCGGACUUGGAGUUUACCAUGCAGUGCUUGGUCCCUGACUUCCAGCAGCCUGCAGACUGUAUGGAUUUUUCCUCCCGGCUCCAGGAGCAGCAGGUGUGUCUUGAACGAGUGACCAGCUCAGAUUUGGGGCUCAGUGGCACCAUCCAGGUUCGCAAUGUGGCUUUUGAGAAGCAGGUGUCUGUGCGAUACACCUUCAACCACUGGGAAAGCCUCCAUGAAGUGUGUGCUCGUUGGCACAGUAGCAUCCCUGAGAAAAACGGGCAGGGUCAGGUUGAUGUUUUCACUUUCUUUCUCCCUGUGCCUCCUUUCCUCCUUCAGCUGUGCUCUGUAGUCCAGUUCGCAGCAAGGUACCAAGUCAACGGCUGGGAGUAUUGGGAUAACAACAGAGGCAAAAACUACAGUCUUACCUGCCGGACUCACCCCCUUAAGAUGCCUAGGGAAUGUGAGGAGAGCUGGAUCCACUUCAUCUGAAUGAAGAAAGUGGAUGCAGGGCAGCUUGUCAGUAGUCUCGGUGGCACCCUCGGCCUUGGCCUGGCUCUCUGCUCCUAUGGCAACAGUCUCCUUUUUGAAACCUGCCAAACCUGGCAAAGUGUUGCAGGGAAGUAGCGAAUGACCCGUACAAACUGUUCUAAACCUCUCGGAAAGCAAAAAGGGCCAAAAUGUGUAUUGAGUUACAUCUGUUGAAAGCCCGUGUGAUUUCUUUUAGUGUAUGUACAGGUGCAGAACGGUUCCAAGGGAUGCUCUCAGGCAACCAGAGGGCAAAACAACACACUUCAUGUUGCUAUUAAUAUUCUAGGUUGCAUAGAAUAUUUCUAACUGAUUUGUUUUACCAUUUUGUACUGUCUAUUUUCUAAAUAGGCAGUGUGGCUUUACUGGUUUUGUUUCUAAUUGUCUCACCAAGUCUGGGCACUAUUCCAUCUAUACAUGAUUUGGAUGGCGGACACUGUAGGGAAGUACUUGUAUUUUUUUAUAUAUAUAUAUAAUUAAGACUGUAACCAUGUUAAAUAUUUCCAUUAAUAUUUGGGUUGGAAAUCAAAUGCUAUUAGGAGCAGAACAUAAAUGAAAAUGUCCCAUCAGCCCCUCUGUUUCCUUUAAAAAAAAAAGGUUGCCUUUUCUUAUCUCCAAUGUUUGCUGGAGGCAGCAGGAAUGAUUGUUACCAAAGUUUGUGCAAGGCAGAUCUUGGGAAGUUCUCAGCUUUUUCAGGUGGUGCACAGGUAGGCUUUUUCUCUAGGUGGUGGUACAGGAGUUGUUCUUUCCUUGGCACCUGCUCUUACUAAGGGAAACUAGAGCAAUUUUGCACUCAUGUUGCAUUACAGCUGAAGAUCUCAAAGCACUAUAUGAAUGCUAAUGAUCUUACACUGUUACCUGAAACAGGUAAAUUUAUAAAUCAGGAAAUGGAUAUGAGAUAUAUAUAAAAAAACAAUACAGGGAGCUGGUUACAGAGCCUUGGAAUAAUACAUCAGAACCCUAAAUCCUGGCUCCCUGUUCCCCAGCAUCCCAGUACACUGCAGUAGUACCUUUGCAUCACAAAGUGGGAAUUUCAAAGCAAAAUGAUGAUUUUACUGGUAAGUUUAAACUUACCUGCACCCAUAAACAGAAUCCCUUCUGCAGCAGGGCGAGCACAGUAACACGUACACACAGUCUUCCCAUGCCUCUUGCUUGGCACUUCCAUUCUGUGGUUUCAGUGUGGUUUAAGAUUGGCAACAGGCUUAAAUCUAGUAAGUAAAAGAUUGUCAAUGAUUUUUUUUCAUAUGUAUUCAUCACUGCAUGCAAUUUUUAGCUUUAUACAUGGAGCAUAAUUUUUCAAAACUGGCUGGCUGGAUGUAUUACAAGAGCUGCUUUUUAGAAGGAUUAUACUAUGAAAAUCAGGCCACUUGUUCAGGCAUCUCAUCUUGGAUUGCUGCUUAUUCAUCAAAAUCACAAGUUGUUUUUAAAAUCACAGUUGUAAGCAACCAACAGCCAAGUAUAUAUUAGUCCAGAAAGUCUACUGAGUAAUUCUGGAAGUGCAGAAACCCAAAGAAAAUUCAUGUGUCUGGCAACCUAAUGUUGCUACUUAGUUGUGAUACCCGUUCAGCAAAGCUAGGAUUUCGAGUGAAGAAGCUGCCUGGUUCCAUUAGUCUUUGACUUUCGAAGGAACCAAAGUCAUUAAUGAUGAUUCUGUGAGCUGCCGAGCACCUCUUGCAGAGUACUGAGAAAACUCGGUGCUACUUGAGACUGUUGAGAAUUGACUGUGUUGUCUGCUUUAACUCUGUAUUGGAGCACUGUGAGGUCAAACAUUUAAGUUGAAAUUGUUUCGCAGGAGGAGGUGAGGCUGAGGUGCGGUUCCCAGCUACAGAGAGGAAAGAGUGCUGCCUGCUUUCAAUCCACCUGUGUUAUUUUCUGUACCUGGGCUAGAGAAGUGACCAUUACCAAUCUGGCAGCAACUCUUGUCUCCUAGAAAAAUCAGUGCAGCGACUGGAAGUCUAGUCUUCCUCAUGGCACAGAAAUGAGAGCCCUGUAAAGAAGGGGCACUAUCUAAUUGUAAGGGGUUUUUGCCUCCUGUGGUGGGCUUCACGUGACUAAAUGACAUAUAGGACAAUACAGGACAUAACAUCUGAACCAGUCAGCCUAGGCUCUGCAUAGUCAAUGGAGAUGUUUUUGCUAUAGUUAGCAGAUGACCUGGGGUGGGACAAACUGUGUCAUCCCUGCUGAGCACAGGGAGAACACGGCGGGACUAGUUCUGCCAUACUGCAGUUCUCAGCAUUAGUGCAGGUUGUGCCAAAUUCUGCCAGAGUCUGUAGGUGUCAAGUUAGAUGAGCAGAAAUAUGCCUUCAGUGACUGCAGAAGAAUCUUUCUUGGCAUCAAUUGAAAUUGAACUUUGUUGAAACUUGCAUUCUCUAAGGAAUUCCACUAAAGUUUAUCCAGUAUUGUUAAAGUUCGUAGAAGUGACAUUUUAUGUACUUGUCAUCGAAGUAAGAAGAAAACAAACACAGACACAUGCACAGGAGCACUUGUGCUGAAUAAAAGGCACUAUUUUAAAAUAUUAUUUCCCCCCCCCCUUCCCCCUCCCAUCAGGAAAAACACUGAAUUGCCUCUCAGCAUGCCAUUAGAAAUCCCUCUCUCAUGAGACUGGUAUUUGACACCAGUUUACAGUGCAAUACUUGGCCUGCUGGCAGGAAGAUGCUGUUGCCAUCAUCUGGGAGAGGCUCAUGUGCUAGCAAAUGUCAGAUCUGAGUGUUAUUGCAGGCAGGGACAUGAUGUAAAGCUGAGGCUGUCAGUUUAAAGGUUAAUGUUGUGUACACCACAGUAUCAGGUGGGAAAUUAAUGUCUCGGCAACAUGAGUUUGGCUUGUAUUGUCUUCCCUCCGCAACCUUUCAGGGUAUUUGCAUGUGCAAAAUCUUGAAUGCUAAAGUAUUAUUCCAAGUUUGCCCUUUCUCUCUUUGCUUGUCCCGCACUGCUGGAGAAGAACUGACAGUAGCUGUUAGUAAAGGGGGUCUCUGGCAUCACUGACUGGAGCUGAGCAGACCUACCCUAUAGCGGAACUGAGAGGGAUCUCUGGGGUAAGCUGUUAAACGUUCACACACCAGUACUGGCACCUGUCACAGGGAAGAUGAAAUUUGCAGUUAUGUUUUCCUGUCACAUUCAGUAGUGAACAUCAAAAGGAUUCUAGUUGACAAAAAAGGGAUUAAGCCAUGGAGUAGUGGUAAUACACAGCUGGUGUAAACUUAUGUUCACCUUUAUAAAUUCUCAGGACAACUUGAUUGCUUGCACUGUGUUCAAAUCGAACACUUCCCUUAUAACGAGGAUUUUGUAAAAGUGAAUUCUUCACAAGGGUUAUUGCCAUAUAAUGCACUUUUAAAAACCUGUAUUUAUUAUAGUCACACAAUAAAUUAAUGUCUAGUAGUCUACAUUUUCAAGGUUCUUUCAAGCACGUUUUUUAAAUAAACAUAUGGAAUCCAUGUAAAUGAAAAGGGGUUGUCUUUCCUGAUUAAGCAUCUUGUCCAGAAUAAAGUACUUUACACAGUAUAUCAAUAAAGCACAUAUGCUACACAAAAGCUCAUUUUAUUUUAGUGGAGCAUUGUACAAUUGCAAAGGGCUUGCUUAAUUUUUUAAAAAAUAAAACUACGGCUAUUGUAAUACAAAAGAUUGUAAUUAAAGCUUUUCACAGUUUUA